AGUUUGUGGGAAGAAGAAGAAAAUAGAUUUUUUACACAAUAUAGAAUUUGGAUACAUCAGCACAACUAUUUAAAUAAAAAUUUAGAAACCAAAAUGAAGAUCUUCGCAUCAGUGUGCAUCCUUGUCACCGUUCUUGUGCUCGCUAACGGCGAGCCACCCAUCGGCAAACGUCCGUUAGGCUACCCACUGUGGGGCGGUAAGAGUGCCAAGCAAAUCGCCCUCAACCGCAACAAAGCCGCACUGGCUGGCGCCAAACAACGUACGUUGGUCGUACAAAUCCGCAGCGAUCAGCCCGUGCCGCUCGUGCUGAAGGGCGGACGCAAUGCCCAACAGCUGCGACAUGGACCAAAUCAUUUGCGUGGCGUACGUCCCGUUAAGCUAACCGGCCCGGUUUACUUGAAAUCCGCACCGCUCGGACAUAAACAUCUGCAGCGUAAGCCGUUGAAGAUCAAGUUGGCGAACAGUAAGCCGAAGCAUAAGCCGGCGACUAGCUACGAAGUGCCAUUCCGCUUUGAAGUGCCUGCAACAAAUACAAUCCAGUAUCCGCCGUUGGGCAAUGAUGUGCAGCAACUGCCGACGGAGACACACAGCGAUUUCAUCACCGAGCAUGAACAUGAAUACGAUCACUUUGCACCCAUACACACAAUACCCGCACCUAAUCUCUCCUUGCCUGAAAAUCAUCCCCAGGAAUCAUAUCUACCACCAAAAAUACAAUCACAAACCUACCACCAUACCCUCACCAAUCACAACAACAUCGAGAAUCAAUAUCAGGUGACUGAAGAACACACCAAUGAUCAAACUAUACGUGACCCACUCUCUGGCUCGCAGAAACUCUUCGCACCCGAUCCAGAUCCUUCGCUGCCAGUCGCACAAUUGCGUCCCGCCACCGAGCCCUUCAAUCAGCCCAGCAACGGCAAACCACUGCCGGUCGAUGUGCAAUCGAAUUUCCUUGUACCCGCCCAGCCAUUGGUGCAGAUAAUCGGCGCCCAAGAGGUGGCCACACCCGAAAUCUAUCCCAUUCAAUUUACACAACAAGCCCAACUUCAACCGGUUGUGGGCGCCAAUGACGCUGCCGUGCAUACAGCAUACGAUCCAACCUAUCUGAUUACGCAGUCCAAUCAGUUGUACACGCAACACCAGCAACAGCUGUUCCAGCCCAGCGCCAGCGUCUUACAUGGCGCUUAUGUCAAUGCCGAUCUCACACAGGAAAUCGCCAGUGAUGGUCAAAUCUUGCAAGCGGCUAAAGAUCCACAUCACAACAUCCACCCGGUGUUGGAUAGCGCACCACAAUUUGCUGCACUCAUUGCUGCACCGGUGUUGGGUGAGCAACACUCGGCCGGUCAUUACAAUUUGCAGCCACAGGCGGCCGCUUUAACUGCCACAUCGGCGUCGCCUGAGGGCGGUUUUGUUGUGUCCAAUUAUUAUGACAAUGCUGGACCGGCCGAUAAUUCUCAGCUGCUGCAAGCGUACGCUGAAGAGGAAGCGCAGCGUUUAGAAAUCGAGGCGGAACAAGAGAAGCAACAAUAUGCCUUACAACAACAGCAGCAGCAUUUGUUGGCGUUACAGCAGCAGCAACAUCAACUUCAACAACAACAAGAUUUGCAGCAGCAGCAACAGUUGCAUCAACAACUACAAGACCAGCAGUUGCAACAACAAUUACAAGAACAACAGUUGCAACAACAAUUGCAAGAACACCAGCUGCUUCAACAGCAAUUGCAGCAGCAGCAGCAACGUCAUCAAAAACAACAGCAACAGAGUCACCAUCAACAACAGUCGCUAGAUCCCGCAGCUGCCGCUUUCCACGAACACCAACGGUUAGUGCAACAGCAACUUGGUGAUGACACCCCACUGCGGAUAUUCGUGCCCGACGAUGAAGCUGCCGGAGAAGCGCGUCUGCAAAAGCGUUCUGAUAUGGUCAAAAAAGGAACUGUCGAGGAUGCGAGCACAUCAAACGACAACGCGACAGCCGACGACGAUCUGUUCGAAGUAUCUUCGUCCGUUGAAGUGUCUAAUGAGAACCAAAAAGAUGAACACACGACUGACAAUGAGUGAUUGAAGCUGCGGUGAGGCAGUGCAAACUUGUUGGAGAAUUAACAAAAAAAAUAACGAAUAUAUGUAAAAAUCAUAUGUACAUUAUAG